AAAAUUUAAUUUAAUUAAUUAAUUAACUUAUUAAUUGGGGACAAUUUAUGUUGCAUGUAGUUGAAUUCUGAUAAAAAAUCAAUAAGAACUAAAUCAGGGGAAUCAUCAGUAAUGAUGGCAACUCCUUUAUCAACUAAAUAAAUAAAUAAAAAAUAAAUAAAUAAGUAAGAACUUAAUGUUCUUGGAAGUUCUCAUCAAACACUCUAAAAGCCCAAAUAAAAUAAAGUUUUCUUCUUUACAAAAUUCUCACCAAAGAAUAUAAUCAACAGAAAUGAGUCAGAAAAAUUCCAAAGUAAAACAUAAAUUGCCACAAAUUCAUGUCAAGAUGUUCAAGAACAAGAAACUAAUAAAAAUUCUCCCUCCAACAAUUAAUUCAUAAUAAACAAAGUUUUACUAAAGAGCGCAAGAAAAACUAGCAUAUCUGGUUUUGAACGAUUUAUGUUUUAUAACUGAAUCAGCAUUUUUUUUUUCUAAAUGAUAUGACGAUUUUACCAAAAAAAUAACUUGAAAGGGAGUUUUCUAAAAAUAACAGCGAAUUAAUCUCAAAGAAGAUAAGAAGAGCAUAAAGAUUCGGCUUUGGUAUUUUAUCUCCCUACUAGAAGUUACUUUUUGCCUCUCAGUAUUGAUUUGCAAGUUGUUGAGAGAUGUUCGCAAAAGCUUUUGAAGAGCUUCCACCUUUUCCAAAUAAUUGGCGGCCAAAGGUUUUAAUUGCCAACAGAGAUAUUCCGAAAAUUGGAAUUGAUCUACUUGAAAAAAGAUGUGACGUGAUCUAUGCUACGGGGUUACCUCGUCCAACCAGAGAAGAACUUCUGCAGCUGAUUCGUGGCGUUGAUGCUGUGAUGUGGGGCAAUAAUGAGAAGGUCAAUAUUGAGAUGUUGGACGCUGCAGGUCCUCAGCUCAAAGUGAUCUCAACCUACUACACAGGAUACGAUUAUAUCGACGUCAAGGAAGCCCGGAAGCGGAAAAUUCUUCUAGGAAACACCGGAAUAGCCUCCAAAGAUCCUGUUGCCGAGGUUGCAAUUGGUUUAAUGAUCACCAUGGGCCGACGUCUAUACGAAGGUUUCCUGAAGAUCAAGGCUAAUCAAUGGGAAAAGCGUCCACAAUUCCUUAUUGCUUCAAGCAUUGCUGGAUCAACAGUUGGGAUCAUUGGAUUCGGAACGAUUGGGCAGAAAAUUGUAAAACGCCUCGAAGGGUUUGAAGUUGGUGAAUUUCUCUAUACUGGCCAUAAACCGAAGCCUGAAGGAGAUAAUCUCAAAGUUUCCUUUACUUCCCUUGAUGAUCUGUUAAAGAGAAGCGACUACGUGAUCUUAUCGUGCCCUUUGAAUGCAGAAACAAAGCAUUUAAUCAAUAGAGAAACAUUGGCUAAAAUGAAGCCCACCAGUGUACUGAUUAAUGUGGCUAGAGGAGAAAUUGUUGAUCAGGAAGCUCUCUUGGAAGCUCUGCAAAAUAAUCAGAUCCUCGCUGCAGGAUUGGACGUAACAACACCUGAACCUAUUCGCGCAGAUCACCCACUUCUCAACCUUCCAAACUGCUUUAUCACCCCUCAUAUUGGAUCCGCCACGAAGGAAAUCAGGGAUGACAUGUCCAUCAUAGCUUCUCUGAAUAUCCUGCAAGGUUUAGCAGGAGUUCCGAUGAUUUGUCCAAUCCCAUAAACCGCAUAAACCAUUAAAAAAUCUCUAAAAGUUUUUC